AUAAAGACCUAAAAGUGGUGGGAGUUCCAGUAUGGUUAGACAACUACAACUGAGGUUAGAAGUAGACUACCUAUCAAACUGCACUUACCUCACUGUAUAGGUCAUCUUACUGACGCUGAGGCAGCAUCGCGGCUCGGCCAUCUCCUUUCUGCCAUCUUUCAUAGUCUCUGAUGAAAGUCGGAAGGAUUCAAUGUCCUUACCCUCCUGAUCGGGACGCUCCAACUGCGCUGCGUACCGUCUACUCAUCUUCUACCCGUGUCCACAUGAGCCCCAGCUCCCUGCAUACUAAACACAGAGAGCCAUAAACAUUGCUCGGGCAUGCAACCUUAUCUCAGGGAACUUUGAUCCACUCUGGCAUAAAGCAGACCAGGAGGACACGAGAAGGAAGGAAAGCAGACCAAAUCCACACCAGUGGAGAAAAAGACCAAAAAGAAGAGGGGGUAAGGCGUGGAGGAAAAACAGAGCGGGUGCAUUGACCAUUUGGCCAGACAAACAUCAACCUGCGUCUUGCGUCAUCAUGGACACAAAUAGUAGCUCCACUCACGCUAACGGAACCUCACAGCAUCAAAACACACAGUUGUUCUCUUCUGAGGAGGACAGCAGCCUCUAUUUCACAUACAGAGGUGACUGCAACCAGCUGGAAGUGAAAAACCUGCACUAUGAGGUGGACACAGCAUCACAGAUUCCCUGGUACGAGAGGUUGUCAGAGUUCAAGCUGCCGUGGGAGAUUAAAGGCGACAGGCAGACGGCCAUCGACAAAUUAAGUUUGCGCGUCCGCAGCGGGCAAAUGUUGGCCAUCAUCGGAAGUUCAGGAUGCGGUAAAACGUCGCUGCUUGACAUUAUUACAUGUCGCGACGAGGGUGGCGGCGUGACGUCCGGCCAGAUUCUGAUCAACGGUCGCCCCAACACUGCUCAGCUGGUGAAGAAGAGCAUCGCACAUGUGCGCCAGGACGACCGCCUUCUGCCACACCUAACCGUGCGCGAGACCCUCGCCUUCGUGGCCAAACUAAGACUGCCCACGCAUUUCACACAGGCCCAGCGAGACCAACGGGUGGACGACGUCAUCGCUGAGCUCCGACUGAGACAGUGUGCUCACACCAGGGUGGGGAACGACUAUGUGCGAGGUGUUUCAGGAGGUGAGCGCAGGCGGGUCAGCAUUGCAGUCCAACUCCUCUGGAACCCAGGUAUUUUGAUUCUGGACGAGCCUACAUCGGGUCUGGACAGCUUUACAGCCCACAAUCUGGUCAUCACACUGUCCCGCCUGGCCAGGGGGAACCGUCUUGUUCUGCUGUCGGUCCACCAGCCCCGCUCUGACAUCUUCCAGCUCUUCGACCUGGUGGUCUUGCUCUCGUCGGGCUCGGCCGUGUACUGUGGUGCCGCUCGAGACAUGGUACCGUAUUUCACCACGCUAGGCCACCCCUGCCCACGUUACUGCAACCCUUCUGAUUUCUACGUGGACCUGAUCAGUAUUGACCGCCGUAGUCCGGAGCAAGAGGCCCAGUGUCUGGAGCGGGCUCGGGUGUUGGCGAAGCAAUUUUCAGAACAUGUUCGCGAUACCGAUGACCACAUGUGGAAGAGCGGCCCACCAACGACACACUCUGACAGCAGCUCCCUGCAGCAAGACAAAGCAGAGGGUGACCAAGUCGUCGUCAUCUCUAAGGAGAGAGAGCGACUACCAGGCAGACUCCAACAGUUUACUAUCCUCAUUAGGCGUCACAUGUACAACGAUUACCGAGACCUUGUCACCCUACUGGUCCAUGGCCUGGAGGCCCUGCUCAUGUCGCUGCUGGUGGGGUUCCUAUACUACGGUGCCGGAGACCAGCCUCUGUCCAUACAGGACACCGUGGCACUGCUCUACAUGAUCGGAGCACUCACUCCCUUUGCUGUGGUGCUGGAUGUCAUAGCCAAAUGUCACACAGAGAGAGCAAUGCUCUAUCACGAGCUGGAAGAUGGCAUGUACUCUGUCACCUCUUACUUCUUUGCUAAGGUGUUGGGAGAAUUACCUGAGCACUGCGUGUUCACUCUUGUCUAUGCACUACCUAUCUACUGGCUAGCAGGCCUGAACGAGGCUCCGGACCGCUUCCUCCUCAACUUCCUGCUCGUCUGGCUGAUGGUUUACUGCAGCCGGGCAAUGGCACUCUUUGUGGCCGCCGCCCUGCCCACCUUGCAGAUCUCUGCCUUCAUGGGCAACUCGCUCUUUACUGUCUUCUACCUGACCGGAGGCUUUGUUAUUAGCCUGGAGAACAUGUGGUUGGUGGCUUCGUGGCUCUCUCACGCCUCCUUCAUGCGUUGGGGCUAUGAGGGGCUUCUGCUGGUCCAGUUUAGAGGAAACAAAUACCCCUUCACCAUUGGCAACUUCACCUUGCAAGUGGACGGAAUAUAUGUGGUGGAGGCCAUGAAAAUGAACCAGUAUCCUCUCUACUCAUGUUACCUGGUGCUGCUGGCCGUGUGCUUGGUCUUCAUGGCACUCUACUACCUCUGCCUGAAGUUCAUCAAGCAGAAGUCCAGUCAAGACUGGUGAUCCACACAAUCAAAUCAUCACCAAUACAAAAAAUUUCAGAAUUACAUGUUGAGUUUCCAAAUUAUUCAGGUUCAGAGCCAUGGCAAGCAAAUAAAAUCAACAACAGUAGUUAACAGAAGUUAUUUUGUAAUGAAGCAAUGACCUUUUUUUGCCAUGAUUGAAACGUGCGUUGCAGUAUAGCAGUUCGCCGCUUGAUGGCAGCAAAGUACCAUAGUACCGUUGAAGUGACGGACACCUCUUAAUUCCAUAUAUUCUGCUUGCCCAAUGCAUUCACUCAUUCAUUCAUUGUUUGUAUAUAUAUGUGCAAGGUUUAAGUACUUGUACUGCAUGUGUAUGUGUAUGAUUACAAAAUAAAAUGAGGCUUUGUAUAUAUCUUCUAAAAA